AUGAUUUGGUAUAGGAACGUACCUAGGACAUAUGUACUUACAUUUUUUUUAUUUAUACUUUACCUGUUGAACAAUUUUUUUAUUCAGAAACAAGUAAGGAUAAUCGGCGGUGAAGAAACUUCACCUAACCAGUACCCCUUCAUGCUUGUCCUCGUCCUGACGGAAGGCUUGAGGCACUUUUGCGGUGCUUCCAUCCUCAGCGAAAAGCACGCAAUCACCGCGGCACAUUGCACCGAACCUCUUGGGGACAGGGCCAUCAGCGUCAUAGCUGGAGCCCAUGACAAGACCAAAUUGACGGAGAACACUAUGGUAGUCCCAGUGGAGAAGCACAUCGAACACGAGUACUACAACCCUGUCAUGAUCAUGAACGAUAUAUCUCUGCUCUUCCUGGCGGAGCCACUCAAAUUCGGGCCAAACAUCAGCCCUAUCUGCAUGCCGACCAAGAAGAUGUAUUUGGAAAACCAAGACGUCAAGAUCAUCGGUUGGGGUAUGACCGCACCUGACAAACCUCCUUCUAUAGUCCUGAAGGAGAUAGACGUGACGAUACUCCCGUACAUCAGGUGUAAGGGCAACUUCCUCUUCAUGUACAAUCCUCUACCGUGGAAGGUGAGCCAGAUCUGCACCGGGGCGAAGGCCAAAGGAGCCUGCAGGGGAGACUCGGGUGGACCAGUCAUCUACCUGGAUCCCCAAACGAAGAGGUGGGUCCUGGUGGGCUUGGUCUCCUUCGGUGCUGCCUCCUGCGACCCAGACAGCCCCACUGUCGAAACUGACGCCACUUAUUACGUACCUUGGAUAGAAUCCCACCUCAAGGGUGCAUAUUGUCAUAAAGUUUGAAAAACUAUCAUCGCAUUCAAAUGAGGAAGUUACUGCCAAAAAAUUCCCGUAAUUAUUACAUUUUAUAAUAACUCUAUCUGGAUUCAUAAUAUGGAAUAUGUGGAAAAAGCAGAAUAAAAAACCCAUAAACAAAAACCCAAUAUGCAGAUGUUUGACGCAGAGAAAGAAACAAACAUGACGAAUGUUGGGUAAUCUCAAAGAAACAAAAGACAACAAAACAUAACUUAACAGAGUGAGAAAUACUUAGUUGAAGCUAAUGCUGCCCUACUACAUAGGGUUGUUUUACACACAUCAUACUUAUCAAUCCGUAUGAACAUAUUAC